UUUGUUUUUCUUUUGCUUCCCGGGUCUUCGUGAACUCUCGGUCUCUUCGGCGGUAUAUAAUUUAAAUAAAUAAAAGGAGCAGCAGCAGCAAGCAGCACAAGGCGAUCUCCUCUGGUCUAGAAAUCGAGGCAUCGCCGCCUAGAGGGCGAGAAACGGCUUCUUAUCAGCGGCAAGCAGACCCCGAGCUCCACCACAGACGAAUGGAAGGUGAUCCGGGGUGACUUCCUCCCGAGUAAACGCGAGGAAAAAAACGUCGCAAGGGCUCCCGGCCCCGAAUAACCCGGUUCGGGAGAGGCCUCCCGGCGGCGCUGGCGAAGGAGGAGGGAGGGGCCUCCGAAGGCCGGCCCAGGCAGGGGAAGCCGCCUCCCUUGCCCAGUUCCUCCUUCUACUUUGCCCGUUCCCGGCUUCAGGCCGCCAAAGAUUGUCCGCUGCGGGGGCGGGUGGAAAGCGAAGCGAGAUCAUGGUACCUGAGCUAGAGAAGGGAACCGUCCGGAUGAAAAAUCCUGAGCAAGUGAAAAAGAUAAUUUCAUUGCUCAGAAAAGGUGGAGCAGGAAGACUUCAGGUAAUUUCUGAUUUUGACAUGACUCUGACUCGGUUUGGGUUCAAUGGACAACGUUGCCCCACUUCACACAAUAUCAUAGAUAACAGUCGAGUUAUCAGUGAAGAAGGCAGAAAAAAGCUGAAAGAUCUGCUCCAUUAUUAUUACCCUAUUGAAAUUGAUCCCUACCGGACGGUGGAAGACAAACUGCCCUAUAUGGUAGAAUG